AUGCCUCCCAAGAGAAAACGCGUAGAAGAUGGCGCUUCAGCUGAGGCUACGACGUCAACAAGGUCUACCAGAAGCUCCACCAGGAACAAGACAGCCGCUGCUGAACCUGCACCUGCGCCGGCCAAGCAGACGAAGAAAACCAAGGCGGCAGCGGCACUGGAAUCUGGAACCACCGUCACUGAAGAAGAGCCCGCUACGAAACGAAAACGAACGACCAAGGCGGCCACUAAUGGCGGGGAGAAACCAGCAACGAAACGGGGGAGGAAAAAGGCCGAAGCUAGCGAGGAUGAACCGUCGGUAGUGGUAAGCCCCAAUUUUCACAAAGUCGAUUCCAUUCAAUCACGUCCAUCUCACCAUUCUCUUUCUACCAACGUCUCCCAGCAGCAAACCGUACAGCCACAAACACCCAAGAAGACCGCGCCUCCACCACCCAAACCCGCAAAGACUGCCUCGGACAAGCCUGAACCCUAUAGUCCUCAGCGUUCCCUGGAAUUGUUCGCUCAAUACGCGGAUAGUGAUGCACCAGAUGUCAUCGGUCCUGAAGGUUUCGAGCAGCUUUUCACCGACGCCGAAAUUCCUAUGGACGGCGCUCUACCCCUUAUAUUCGCGUGGCAAAUGAACGCAGCCGAGAUGGCGAAGAUCUCCAAGGAGGAAUGGGUCAAAGGCACUGAAUCUCUAAAGUACGGAACUUACCCAUUUUCGCCGCGUUCUGUUAUUGAUCUGGCCAUUCUCGCGGUUAGGAUUUCGUCGUUGAAGGCCUUGUCAAUAGCCUUGAAUGACUUGCAGAACUUGUUGAUUUCCAAGCUGCCUCCUCUGAAGAAACCUACGAAGAGUGACCAGGAGCCAUACGACAGAACCAAUUACUAUUCCUACGCCCAUAAUUCAGAGUCUAGUUUCCAGAAGUUCUAUAGCUAUUGCUUCGUGCUCGCGAAACCCCAAGGCUCGAGGAAUAUUGAUAUGGAGACUUCCACAGCGUUCUGGUCGGUCCUCCUUAUGCCAAGAUACCCCAUCAUGCAAGAAGUGGUGGAGUUUAUCAACUCCAAAAAGGAUACCUAUCGGGCGACGAACAAGGACCUAUGGAGCAUGAUGCUCGAGUUCUGCCAGACCGUCAAGCCAACCCUCGAGGAUUAUGAAACCGACGGGGCUUGGCCGACCCUCUUGGAUGAUUUCGUUCUGUGGAAGAAGACCGAUGGAGGAGCUCAACCUAACGGGACAGGAUGA